UCAUGCGCCGUGGAUGACGUCAGUUCCUUUCAAGAUGGCCGGGCAGAGGAGGAGUUUGAUGCAAUCUGAGCAGCAACAAAGCUGGACCGAUGACCUCCCUGCAUGUCGGCUAUGUGGUGUGGGCACGGCCACCAACUGCACGUAUGGGCCAGAUGGAAAGGGAAUAGAGGAGCAUGCCAAUGAAGACGGGUAUCUUCGCUUCCGGGGGGACAAUGGCUGCUUUCUGUAUGGCGUUUUCAAUGGGCAUGAAGGGAACCGUGUAGCCAACUUUGUCUCGCAGCGUUUGGCAGCUGAAUUGCUGCUUGGCCAGCUGAGCUCCAGCCAUACAGAUGCUGAUGUCCGCAAAGUCCUGCUCCAGGCAUUUGAUGUAGUAGAAAGGAGCUUUUUCGAGUCAAUUGACGAUGCUCUGGCCGAAAGGGCUAAUUUGCUGUCUCAGCUUCCCGAGGGUGUACCUCUUCACCAGCUCCCACCACAGUAUCAAAAGACCGCAGAGGGGAUCAGCAUUCUUGAGCGUGAGAUUUCAGGAGGUGCCACAGCAAUGGUGGCUCUCAUACUGAACAACAAGCUCUACAUUGCCAAUGUGGGAACAAACAGAGCCCUGCUCUGCAAGUCAUCAAGUGAUGGGCAAAACCAGGUGAUCCAGAUUGGGAUGGGACACACCACAGAGAACGAAGAUGAGCUCUUCCGUUUGGCUCAACUUGGACUGGACUCUGCUCAGAUUAAGCAAGCUGGCUUGAUUGGUGGCCAGAAUAGUACCAGGAGAAUAGGUGAUUAUCGAGUGAAAUACAGCUACAGCGACAUAGACCUACUAAGACCUGCAAAGUCCAAGCCAAUUAUAGCAGAGCCAGAGAUCCAUGGGGGGCAGUCAUUGCAAGGUGUGACAGGGUUCCUGCUACUUAUGUCUGAUGGAUUAUACAGAGCUUUAGAAACUGCUCAUGGACCAGAACAGGCAAACCAGGAGAUUGUGUCAAUUGUGGCAGCUGAAUGUGCCCAGCAGAACUCGCUGGAUGCCGUAGCACAGGCAGUGGUAGACAGGGUGCGCAAAGUACAUCAUGAAACGUACCUCAGUGGAAGAGAACGCGCCAAGUUCUGUACCCGCCAUGAGGACAUGACGCUGCUAGUAAGGACCUUUAACUACCAGCUGGGGGGUGAGGCUAGCGAUCCUGCCCUCACACCAACACAAGGUGGUAGAAUCUACCCAGUGUCUGUCCCAUACUCUAAUAACCAGAGUACCAGCAAGACCAGUGUCACCUUGUCUCUUGUUAUGCCUUCUCAAGGGACCAUGAUGAAUGGAAGCCAUACCAACUCCACCUUGGAUGAGAUCACUCCCACCCUCACCAAUCAAAGCCCCACCGCCACCUUGCAGUCCAACAACACCCAGACGCAAAGUAGCAGCUCCAGCUCGGGGGAUGGCAGUCUGUUCAGACACCGUGGAAGCCAAGCUUUGCAGCCUGACGAAAACGGACGGGUUGAGCCCUACGUUGACUUCUCCGAGUUUUACCGCCUCUGGAGCAAUGAACACCAAGAUGCCUCUGCCAUUGUUUUGGGACCACAGUGACCUUAAGUAGGAAUGACGAUGGAUUCUGCAGGUUCGAUCUUAAGUGUGGCUCCAUGUAAAGUUUCAGUCAAUCUCAAACCUCAGACGUCCAAGCUGUUCUCUUGUGCAUGUCCUCAUGCAAGAGCCAUGCCUUUGGUUGCAAUUCUUGCAUUGUCAGGGCCAUGGCUCCACCUUACACAGACAAAUAAGGUGCACAGGUAGAAGAUCUUCACUUGCACCUUGUGGUUCAGUGUGAUCAAGGGUAAGACUGUGAUAUCCUAAAAACACUGUGUCAUGACUUCAGCCAUAUGCAAGAGUGCCUUUCAGUUACCGUAACCGAAAUCGAUACCCCGGGCCCAAAGUAUGUCCUUUCCUGUAUCCUGUUUGUAAUGCUUGCAGACUCAUUUUAAACCAUAGAACCAGAAGGCGCAUGUCUCGUAACCAGAACAAAACCAAGAUGUCAGCCACACACUGGACUUAGAAAUGCCAGCAUGUCAACUCGGCAGCGCUUUUGUAUUACUUGGGCAAAAACUCCCAGAUUGCAGCCUUUCUGUCGUCCCAGAGUUAACACAAUUUUAAGAAAGUGUGUUUAUGAAGGAGGGUUAUCCUGACCACAUCUAAAAGAUGUUGUUUUUUUUUUUUUCGAGGGAUGAGAGCUGAAACCACAGGGGCAGGAUUUGCCUUUUUAAAGGUGUAGUAUGGUUGGGGUACCCAGAACAACGCCAACCAAAAAAGAUUUAAGUUGGAAUGUCCCAGCGGGUCUGUUAAUUGGAAAGUGGUAGGUAUUUAUGAGCGCUAAUGUAAUUGUUUCUGUGAUGUGCUUCUGGGUAAAGGUAAGCAUUCACCCUUGUCCAUACUUCAGAGAUAGUGUCAUCUGGGUGAGCUCCCAUCUAGACAACUGGCCCGUUUUAUAACUAAACUUAAGUAGAGUGUCCGUGUGGAAUCCCAUGAUCUCUGUUGCACUGUGAUGCCCACUAGAUGAACGGUACAAUCAUGCCUCAUAUUCUGUGUUCUGGAUUCAUUCCUUCUAUUUGUUUUAAGUCUCUAUUAUGGCUUUGUUUUGCACUGCAAUUGCAAAUAUAAGCUUAAAAAAAA